AAUAGGAACCUUCUAGCACAACCUUUAUUUUCUGUCCGGGUUUAUUUAUCAGUGACACAACAAGCCUGCUAAACCGUCCUAGCCUCAUCUUUGUUGAUUGUUUUCGUUAAAAAUCAGACACGAGGAUUUAUCAUCUGGACUAAUCUGCUUCUAAAAUGGAGCCAGCCUGUCGAAAAGACAAACAAAAGCAGCAAACACCAACCCGUGGAGACAGAACCAAACAGAAAUCAGCUCAGCAGGAGCUGAAGCAAAGACAAAGAGCAGAGAUUUACGCCCUGAACAAAGUCAUGACUGAACUUGAACAGCAGCAGUUUGAGGCCUUCUGCAAGCAGAUGCAGUCACAAGCCGAAUGAGGAAAAACUCAUGUCAGGGCAAACAUACGCAGGUUAGGGUUACAUUAUGAGGUUACUCAUAUUUUUGUAUUACAUGAUAAUCACCCCUUUCAGCCCCUGACUUCAAAACCAGAAUGUAUUCGCUGGAGAUUGAUACACACACACGCACACACUACUGGAACCUGAGUGUACAAUCACAUCGCAAAUGUUGGUCAAUAUGUGCAAAACCAAAAAUACAUCAUAUUUAUCAUAGAACGACCCUGUGAGGACAUUCACUCACUCUAUAAGAUGUUAUGCUUCUGUUGACUUCAUUUUCAGUGUCUUUGUUACUUAUGAUGUUUUAUAUAAUACACAGUGUUUAUUAUCCUGAACAGUAUGUGUGAUUGCACAAAGCUAUUUUAGACAAUUUGUGACCUGUUGACUGAAGGCAAAUAAGAUGCAGUUGUCACUCUUUUGGUUUAUGAUUUAAUUUAUUUUUUACAUGUGACAUACUUUAAUGAUGAUGAUUUUUGACCAUAAGUGGUUUUUAACAGUAGUUUGGUUAUUAAAAAUCAUCUAAAAUGAUUUUCUUCUCUGAGCCUUAUUUUCUUGCAUCCCACGGUCAGGAUAUGCUGAUAGAAAAGCUGAUAAAUACACUCAUCAUUCAAGUUUGGGGUCAGUAAGAUUUUUUUAAAAAGACAUUAAUACUUUCAUUCAACAAGGAUGCAUUUAAUCAAUCAGAAGUGACAGUAAAGACUUUUAUUAUGUUACAAAAUAGUUUUAUUUCAAAUAAUUUCAAAUCUUUCCUGUUCAGAAAAAUUUAAAAAAUCAUCGCUGUUUCCUCUAAAACAUUAAGCAGCACAACUGUUUUCAACAUUGAUAAUAAUAAUGAUGCUGAAAAUUCAGCUUUGCAUCACAGGAAUAAAUUACAUUUUAAAACAUUAAAAUAGAAAAAGUUAUUUUAA